AUGGAGUCUGAUUUAACACCACGCGCAAAAGAAGAACACGAGCACAAAGCCUACUCUAAGCUUCUUGAAUUUGAAAUCAAAGAAUGAGAACAAGAAAAACUUCGCGAAAAGCUUGGCAAGCCAUUUGGCCGCUUACCUCCUUUUAAACUUGACAUAUUAUCUCGGGAAUCUCCGACAUUUCUCCGUCCUGAUUCUAAUAGAGCUUUUUCUACAGAUAAACUUCUCAUCCAAGAAGGCUCAUCUACGGCACGUUAUGGACAUAUACUUAUUUACCAAGAAUAGCCCACUAAGGAGCAUUUUUUGGUUGGCCGGACAAUAGCUGGCCUACCAAAUUCGUUAGCAUGCCAUAUUUUCUGGCUAACCAAUUUAAAAAUGGAAAACCAAAAAAUGCUCCUUAGAGGGCUAUUCUUGGCAAACAGGUAUACUUAUAAAGCUCCUAAAGGACUUCCUCCAUUAUCCCGAGAUAAAUCUGCAACAAUAAUUCCUAAUUUUCAGCUGACUUUUGACAAGUUUUACCCCGUUUUAGAAGCUGUAAAAACAAUAGGUCCAGACAAAAAAUUAUCACUCCCUCCUUCGAAAAGAAACAGAUUAGGCGACGAUAGCCCAUUUUUCAGCCAAACUCCGAAAGAAAUUGAAAAAAUCCCAGAAUCAGAGCAGUUUCAAUUUGGAGUGCCAAGUGAUAAAAAUGUGUUAGAAUUCAACCCAUUUGUGAGGCCUUCAGGCAAAAAUUAUAUAUCCAUUUGCAGUUAAUAAUACGUUUUAUUAUAAUUUUUAACUUUAAUCAGUAACAAUAUUCUUAUUGUGAACGAGGAUAUUUCUUUCCUUUACUUUUCUAUUAGUUAUUGAGAAAAAUGAUUAGAAAAAUUCCUAUUUUUUGGACUUUUGGCUAGCAAGGAAGCUUUAAAAUCAUAUUUUUUUUACAAAUAAUAAUUUGAUAUAUAAUCAAAGGCCAUACUAAUGUGAUUCAACUAAAUUCUAUUAAAUUUAAACAUCUCGAAUCCUAAGACAUUAAUUUUACAAACUAAAUUAGAUUCUCCACGACAAAAAUCUUGAUUGUGUUCGAAAGAUAUUUUUAUAUAUAAUGUUAAAAAAAGGUUUCUUGUUAGUUAACAAAGAGGAAAAGUUAGAAAUGUUUAUUUGUGAAGACUUGAAAUUUGAAGAAAUGGAUUAUCCACAAGAUGGGUUUUCGAGAUGGAGGACUAAAGAAGGCCAAACAGUCUGAAACGAAUGCGUAGUGAUUAGUUAUAACCAGCUCGCACACAAGUUUGCAAUACAAUGGAAAGAUAAAGAAGGAAUUAAAGAAGUGCCAAGGAUGAAUCUAAUGUUUGCAUGGGAAAAUAAAGAAGAGUUUUUUAAGAAGCUCAAAGAAGCUGAAAACGCGAGGGUUGAGCAUGAGGCUGGGGUGAGAUAUCUGGGGAGACUAGAAAUAGAAACAAACUACGAAAUCACCAAUCAAAGAAUUAAGCUGCCACUUAAAAGAGAAAAAAAAAUCCUCAAAAGAGUCGGAAAAGUUAGUAAUCCAGUCGUAUUAGAUGACAUUAUGAACGAAAUAAGAGAGCAUUAUGUCAGAGGAAUUGUGCAGUAUUCCUUUGACCUCGAACAUUUUGCAAAAGAAAUGAAAAGGUCAGAAAAACCUUGGCUCGAUCACUUAAAACGGCAAGAAAACGUCCAUGAUAUGGUAAUUUCUGAAACAAACUACAGCAGAGACCAUAUCUACGAAACUCAAGAAAAAUUGCUAAAACUAACUCCCCCCCCCCCUCCGUGAGCGAACAAAACCAUUAGAAAAAUCGCCAUUUUUUGACCAAAAACCCACCCUCCGUGAGUGAACAAAAAUUUUUUUAAUAGAAAAAAUUUUAAUGGAAAAAAAUUUUGAUAUAUAAGUGAUAAUUAGUAUAAUGAAAUCUAGAGCUAAUUCUGUUUAAUUUUAAACAAAUUGCGUUUUAAAAACAUAAAUUUUGCAAAUUAAAUUAAUAUUUGCUUCCCAAUUUUUGCAAAUUAGGAUUUUUUUAAAUUUCGAAAAAAAAUAUUUUUUAUAAAAUUUAUAUAUAAAUUUUUUUUAAAAAAAAAAAUUAACCCCCCUCCGUGAGCGAACAAAAUUUUUUUGUUCGCUCACGGAGGGGGGGGGGGGGGAGUAAGCGAAAUCUCACCUGAGGAACAAAAAAUUUUACUGAAAAUAAUUGGAGACAUGAACACUAUUAAAUAUAUGAAAUUUUACCAUUAUUUAAUAGAAAUUGACGCAAAUGAGAGGAUUCUCCCGAUAAGUGACUUGGAGUACCAAAUGAAAGAAGGGUACAAAGAAGUGAGAAUAAAGAUAGACGCAAUAGCCAAAAGAGCACAAACAAAGCUGGAGCACUUUGAUGAUAUGCCAGAAAAAAAUUAUUUGCUUGCAGAAAUGCUGCUGGAAAGCAAUUUGCAGGUCGCGGUGUCUGACUCAAUUGACCAGCUGAUGGAUUAUUUUAAAAAAUAUUAUACAACGGUGCCGCUUAAUACUGCUGGGCUUGAUAUUCUUUCUUUACUGCCAGAGCGUGUUUAUAGGAUUCGAGUUGAAGCAAGAGACAAGCUUAACCUUUAUACAGCCCCUGUCCUAAAAUUUUUUGAGUAUGAUGAUCCUAUAAUACAUUCUAUCAAUCUUGCAAGAUGCUGCAUUAAAAAAUUACAAGAAAGUUUAUACUCAAAUGACGGCGAAUUUUUUUCGUCUGAUAUAAAGCCGCUAGUUUCAAUAGAAAUUUUAUCAAAAAGUAUACUAAUAAGGAUUUUAUAAGAAUUUUUAUUAUUUGUAUAUAAGGAUACACAGUCGUAAAGGAUACAUUACAAAAAAUAAAAAAAGGCCAAGGGCUGAAGCUUUAUAAUAUAGAAUUUCAGCACAAAACUCGUGACGAAACUUUCCAUCGCCGAAGCAAAAGAGUGAAUACACAGUUGUCCUCACAAAAUAUCAAAAGAGACUCCAUGCACGACCCUGUCAGAAAUUUGCUAGCAAGUGAUGAAGAAUGUAAAAUAGACCCUGAUUAUAUAUUUGAGACCAAAGGCAAGCCCAGCUCUUUAAUGAAUAAUGAGCUCUGCUGGCUAAAAGUUGAUUGUAAAUCAUUUAAUAUGGUUUUCAGCCCAAGUCUAGAAUUUAUUGAAGAAGCUUUUAAAGACAUCGUCAAAGUCCCGCUGCGAGCUAUUUCUACAAUUAGAAGAAUUAAAAGAAAUAGGGCCUGAAAUGACCAUAUUUCAGUAAAUAACGCAAAUUCUGAAUACUCCAGGUUUAUGUCUAUGGCAAGGGAAGCUUUGCAUUACAAUUUUUAUGGCCCGGUUUCGCUGUUGGCAAUAUUAAGAAGCUAUGACUAUUUGGUGAAAAUGAAGGUAAAUCAGCUGUUUAAGUUUAUAGUGCAAGAACAUAUUGAUGAUUAUGCAGGGCUGCGCAAUGAAAUGAUUAGGCUGAAUGAUGAUAUCGAUUUCUUUGAAAAUAAGCUACCUACUGUGAUGAAAUUUGGAUUAUUACAAGUAGAUUUACGAUUAAUAAAAAGUGAACUUUUACAUAACUCCCAAGAACUGCUAAAAAAUCUAAAGCUGGAGCUAGAAGAUGAACAAAUUGGGAUCUUAAAUGAAGCCUACGAAAAGCUUGACGCCAUUGUAGCGAAACUCCACUGCCAGCCUAAAACAGUUGAAGAGUUCGUAGAAAUGCAAAAAUAUUUAGAAGACAAUGGAGACCUCAAAGAAUUCCAAAGAGUCGAAGAAGACUUAAACCAGGUUUCCUAUAUCAUGCAAACCUUAGAUUAUUUUAAACAUGCAGGAAACCCUGAAUAUUUAAUGAAAUGGUGGGAAACCAAAUCAUGAAAUUGAAAGCUGCAGCUCGGCAGAGAAGAAGCUUUAAAGUCAUUGGAAAAGCUUUUCCCUAUGUUUCGAGAGCUUGUCAAACAAAGUGUUGUCGCGCUAAAAGAAAAGCUGAAAGUUACAAAAAAUUCUAUGGCUGAGUUCGCUGCCCUUUAUGACAUAAACCAAGGCGACGUGCUGCAUACCCUUUUAUCAGAAAAAUUUUGUUGAAUUUUUUCCUUACAGACAUUUACUCGAAAAAAGUUAAAAUUCAAAUUUCUCAUAAUAGGAAUGUUCAGAUUAAAUGGCAAGUAGCCAGCGACGUGUAUGCUGCAAUGGCUAAAGAAAUCAUACUAGAAAUUGACGAAUUCUCAAAUGAAAGUGAGCUAAUAAACAAACGAGAAGAAGUUUUAGGCUUUGCCAAGUCAGAUUUUUCUGAAAUCCAAAGGAUGAAGGACGAGUUUAACAAGUACUACCAGCUUUGGAGCUAUGUAAGGCUCUGAAACGAAAGGUGCAACUCAUGGAUGUACCAUCCUUUUAAGUUCAUUAAAGCUGGACAAGUAGAGGAAACCCUUCGAGACGGAAUUUCUCUGCUAAAUAAGCUAGAAACUGAGUUUACAGGGAACCAAAUUUUAUUAGGUGUUGUAAUAGAAGUCCAGACCAAGCUGAGUGCUUUUGAAAAAUACUUGCCAUUUGUCCUAUGUUUAAGUGACAAAAGCAUGCUCAUGAGGCAUUGAAAACAGAUUUGGGACCUUUUAGGACCUCUAGACGUAGAUAUGCUUGACUCAGCAAGGCUGGAAUCACAAACUCUGCAGCAGCUUUUGGAGAAAAAAAUCACAUCAUAUUUAGAUAAAGUUACAGAAAUUUCAAUGAUCGCUAGACAUGAGCACGAAAUAGAGCAGGUGCUGUAUACAAUUGAUAAGGAUAUUAGUGCCAGGUUGAAUAUUGAGCCUGUUGAAGACUACCCUGAUAUAUUAAUUGCCACAAAAGUGGUCGAAAAUCUUUGUAUCAUUAAAGAGCAUCAUUUAACGCUGACUUUUCUAUUGAAAUCGUCUAGAUAUGUGGAUUAUUUUAAGUCACAGAUUGUGGAGAAUCAGCAUAUAUCCUAUUCUAUCUAAAUAAAUUUUUCAUAUAUAUACAUUGUAUUUCUUUUAUAAACAUUCAAGGGAUCAUAUAUACUUUCCAAGCUAAAAUAUUUCCUUGAAGACCUUAACAAUUUCCAAAACAAAUGACUCGACCUAUACCCACUAUUUUCACUCCCAGAAAUAUCUGAAGCAAUGAGACAGGAAACCAGUGAAAUCAAAGAAAUCAAUACAAUGUACCAAAAACGCUUGGAGUUUUUGCAAAGCAAUUCUAUUGGUUCUACAGCCUCUGAAGGGCAGUUUAAAAGUAUCAUUGAAGUUAAUGAAAGACUUGACGCAAUCAGAGAAAAGCUAAAAAGAGAGCUUAAGAGGAAGCAGGAAACCUGUGCAAGAUUCAGCUUUAUCGUCUUUGAAAACCUGCUUGCUAUGCUAAAACAGAUUAUUCUUGAAAAGCCAGUAGACCUAAGCUUGCUUUUUUCUGGCCUGAUUGCCGCACCUACGAAUUCCCAUUCUUUGUCAAUAAUUUCAAGGAAAAAUUGCAAUGUGGAGCUGAUAGACUCAGUAACUAUUUCUAUAGCUAGCAGAAAAGUCCCUAUAGAAAAAUGGGUCAGUGACUUAGAAAGGAGCUUGGUCAAGACUUUUCAAGCGGAAUUUAACAAAAAUAUAGCGGAAGCUUUUAAUAAUGAAAAUUGGUGGAUGAGUGUAAAAGACCCACAAAUUCUGAAAACUGUGCAAAUAGCCAAGUUUUCUUAUGAAAUCAAUGAUAUUUUAUUUGUACAGAAACGCAGGCCACUGCUAAGCAAUCUGAGAGAAAAAUAUUUAGCACUGCAUAACAAAGUGGCUGAAUUUGUAUGUCCUCUGCAUAAAGAAAAUUGAAAGGUUAACAACACAACGCUAGAAGGGAUUUUUGCAAUAGAAGAAAAAGCAAAAAAAAGGAAACUUUUUAUACAGUUUUCGAUAGACCUGCUUUCUUAUAUAAACGUAAUUGAUAACUUGCUGGGAUCUUCUGACGAUUUUCACUGGAUUUCUUUUAUAAAAUACAGACUUUCCGGAGAUUUCUCAAAGUUCCCUACAAAUUUCCAAAUUUCAGUCGAAAUUCUUGAUUUCGUGCAAGAUUUUGGCUAUGAGUACCACGAUAUGGAAAGAUAUAUCCCUACGCCUCUAUCAGACAGGACCAUGCUAAACAUAAUCAACACAAUCCACAACGGCUACAGCUCAAUCCUUAUGGGUGACAGCAACGCUGGCAAAACCACUAUGCUUAGGCAGCUUGCCAUGAUCUGUGGUAAACCUCUCUGUAUUUUGCGCUGCACAGAGUCUUCUACUUAUAAAGUUAUCAUGAAUUUACUUAUAGGAUGUGCCCAAGGAGGAUAUUGGGGAGUUCUAGAAGAAGUAAAUUACCUUGAUAUUUCUUUAAUCAGUACUAUGCUUUUUCACUUACGAGACGUUCAUGAAAAACUCCAAGGAAAAUAUAAUAAAGUACUUAUAGGGGAACGGCUAAUAAAAAUCAACCCAGGGUUCAGCUUAUUCUGUACCACCUCUGCCAGGAACCCAAAAGCCCCAAAAUCAAUGUACAGCUCUUUUAGACCUCUAAAACUAAUUGAGCCAAAUUUUACGAUUGUAGCGGAAUACACCUUGGCGGCUUAUGGGAUUAAAAACGCAAAGGAAUAUGCCCAAAAAAUAACCACGACUAUGAAAAUCCUAGAAACCAAUUUUUAUUCAGUUACCCGGCCUAUUCUGUCUGACACCAUUUUUGCGUUUUCUACAGGAGUUUCUGGGCUGCAAAGGCUUAUGCAGAGGAUAAUGGAUUUAGCUGACAAAGACCCGAGAAAAGAUAUGAAUAUUAUUAUAGCGGAAUCUAUAUAUAAAAGAUACUCUAAAGAAAUGAGGGAUGGGCUGAUUGACGUUUUAGUUGAAGUUUUGGAGUCAGUUUUUAAGGUAGAUUUGGAGUAUCAUAAAGAAAAUAAUGGGCUGGAAAAGCAUAGAAAUUUAUUUAUUGAGGCUAUGCGAGACUUAAAUAUUGUGCCGUCAGAAAAUUUGCUGAUAAAGUGUCUAAUCUUAAAUCAUGCAUAAGAUAUUUUUGAACGAUUUUAAUUUUUUUAAGAAUGCUGCUACAAAUGAAUUGGGCUGGAUACUUUAUUUUUAGAAGCUAAAUACAAUGAAAUCUUAUUUAUGUAAUUAAAUCGACCGUAUCUAUCUGUCUUCUCACCCAAUUAGCCUUGUCCAUGAGUUGCGUCACGAGGUUGAGUGCACUUACUCCCCCAUUUUAAAUUGGAGCAAGAAUCCUGAUCCAAUUUAAAGGGGGUGAAGUUUUGAAAUUUUUUUUUUUAAUUUUUUUCAACCCAAAAAUGCAAAUUUUACCGAUAUCUUACUCCAAUUUAAAAGGGGGAGUUAGGCCUCCAUUUUCUAUAUAUGUUGAUAAAGUGUCAGACGUUGUGGAAUUUAGUUAUAAACGUAAAAAGAAGGAAAUGGGUUAUAGUGUCCGGGCCUCCUUGCACAGGAAAAACGUCAAUUUUGACUGUGAUUGCGUGGGCUUAUGCUUUGAAGAAAUCCAGAGGGUUUUGUAUUCAUAAGCUUAGUAGUGAUUUUACUGCCAAAAUGCUGGACCGACUUGUAGACUUUACUACAAAUCCAAGCAUAGCUCCGAAACAUUCAAUGUAUUGUACUUUUCAUAUUUCUAAGUAUCCAAUGAAAACUGGCUACACUUCUAAUGAUUGGAUUGCAAUUGAUUCCAAAGACAUAGACUUUGAAUUCGCUCUUUUAUACUCAUAUUGUAUAUAUCUCGUGCAUAUUAUUAAUAUAAAAACAUAAAAAAAUAUAAUCAGAGCUUAAUUUAUCACAGUAUAAAUUCUAUGACAAAGCCCAUUUAUUUUUCAUCAGAAGGGAAAAAAAUCCCGCUCAGCCUGGACUCAAAAUUGAUUAUAGAAGUAGAAAAACUUGACAAGCUAACGCCUCACGAUUUAUCAGACUUUUCUGUUUUCUGCACCUCAUCUAUCGAUUUAGACCCUAAAAUUCUAUACCACAAUAUAGCUUCAAAAAUAGAAAACUCUGAUAAAGAUUUUUUUGAAAUCCAAUACGAAAAAGUGUGGCUUCCUCUCUACAAUUUUGUGAAUUCCUGCGAAAAACUGAAUUUUAAGCUAGAAUACCGCAUCUGGAUUAUACAGUUUUUAAGGCUUUUCCAAGCAUUAAUGAAAGAUCUUUCGAGUGAUUUCGUCAAAAACCACUCAGGGACCUUUAAUAAUCCUAUUCAGAAAAAAUAUUCAAACCAAUUAUCCUUUAAGCCUAAUCCAAACCUGUCUUUUUCUAUGGACUCCUCAUUUGACAAAUCAAAAAAUGGCAAAAAUAUGAACUAUAACCCUGAAGAAGUCGACAAAACUGGAGAAAUGAUGUCUAACUUAUUGCAGUAUAUAGCUGGGCUGAAAAGUAACGAAAAUAACCCGGUAGCUCCUGCACUUUUGUGGGAAUCUUUAUAUAUAAACGCUAUAGUCUAUACACUUGGGUCUUGUUUAUGCGAAGACGAUAAAGAAAAAUUCAGCCAGGUCUUAUACGGAAUUUUGGAGAAUUUUAACGACGCCUAUGCAGGAGGGCUAAAAUCAAGAAUGCUAGAAGGUAAAGGACACUCUAUUUUUGACUAUUAUUUUUCUACGACGACUAAUCAAUGGAUGUCCUGAAGUGACGACACAUUUUCUAUCCAAUCAGAGCUUGUCCCUAAAUCUAAUUUUAACAACCCUUCUACCUCAACCCAAUACCAUAAGCAAAAAACAAUAAAAAACGAAGAAAUCAUCAGAGAAGCAAUAAAACCUAAAAAAGCCCAAGAAGCCUUAAGUCUGCUUAACAGCAACGAAAUAAUGAUGAUCUACACCAAAUAAUUAAAUAUGGCGUCUCAACUUGGGUCUGGCCUUUCGGCCAGACAGUUUCGAGCCCUAUUUAAUUAUAUCCGGCAAGGUUUUGCCUAGCUAGAGAUGGACAGCAAUAUCAGGUAAGCAAUUCUGGCAGUGUACAGAGCCUGAUCCCAGUCCGUUCUCGGGCUAGGAUUUUACCUCGAGGGAAGAGGAAGCUUGGAGUUGGAAAGGAGAAGCCCAGCAGAGCCUACAGGUAAUCCCUAGGCCAAUUGGGCAAGUCUCUAGCGAGAAACCGGGAGUUUCGCCCCGGGCUACAAGCUUUCCUCUUUUGCCGAAAGUCGGCCAGAAAUUCCAUUUUUUUGGAAUUUCCCAGCGGACAACCCUCGUUAUAGAGAAAGUAGCUCAUUCAUGAGCCUUCGAAGCCGGAACACUGCGCAGGAGGCGCGCGUUGGAGAUCACAGCUAGCUGUCCCAGCAACUAGUGGGCCCCGAGCGACGAGAGCGUGGUGGUAGUCCUGGAAGAGCAACCCGUAGGAGACGUUAAACGUCAUGGUUAAAUAAGUUAAGUUAAGAUGAUCUACACCAAAACUUCUCGAAAAACCUUAUAUUGGCUGAACUACUGUUUCCAGAGAAAAAUCCAUACUUUUUUAUAUGGUCACCAUCAGACAGGCAAGACAAGCAUAAUACAGCAUCUUUUGCAUCGACAAAUUGAGUCAGGGUAUUGCGGAGUUUUGUCAAUAGCCCUGACUGAAAAAACUAUUGUGGGCUCUGUUCAGCAUAUGAUAUCAAAUUCAAUGGACCAUAUAAGGGACAAUUUUUUAAGAGGCCCAGGAGGUGUAAAGCAGUUUAUCGUGAUUGACGAUUUAAAUUUGGACGUUGAAGGGAAUAUUUAUGAAAUGAUGAGGUUUUGGAAUGAGACUGGAGGGUGGUAUGAUGAGCAGUUUUUGACGGUCAAUGAUUUAGUGCUGCUGCCUGUCCAUGGGUUUGGGAAAAUCAAGCGACCAUUGUACCAGAGAGCUUUGAGGAAUUUUGUGAUUGUUUAUAAGGAGCCUUAUUCUGACGCAGAAAUUGGGUCGAUUUUUAGAGAAACAAUUUCUGUUGAAGCAGUAUCGUCAAGCGAAAAUAGCGAAGAAGGAGAAGAUAUGUACUCAGUCAUGGAUUUAACAGUAAAUUCUUAUAUAAAGCUGUAUGAGAAGCUAAAAGGGUAUUUUGAGGAACUUGAAAAGUCUUGGCUUAAUAUUAAUCUGCAGAAAUUCAUGGACUGCUUAAGAUGCAUAGGAAAAUUCAGGAUGGUCGAAAACCUUGAAUUGACUGAUUUUCUUAAAGUCUGGAGCUAUAUCAAUAAGCUUUAUUUUGUGGACCAAUUCUGGUAUAUACCUGAAAAUGAGGAAGAAGACAAAAAGGCUUUAUGCCUUUUACUAGAAUUCUCUUGUAGCCAUUUUCUCAGCACUAUUUGGUCGAAAAUUUUUCUAGCCUGACAUGUAUUUUAAAAAACCGGAAAAUCUGACUGGAAAAAGCUCGGCUAAUGAUGUAAGAAAAUAUUUUCCUAGAAAAACCCCGCUGCAUACAAAAAGCUGGAAUCAUCAGCGAAAUUUACGAUAUAAUCCAAGACCAUUAUUACGGUUUUCUCAACGAAUUUGAGCAGGACGAAGAUAAUAUUGAAGAAAUUGAAAAAUCCGCAAUUUUGAUUGACAAAUCUAUAAUCAGCAAUGGGCCUAGCGAGUAUGUCUCAAUAAACCAAGAAAUCGGUGCUUUAAUUUUAAACAAAUUUGACGAGGCAAUAGAGAAAUCCAAAACAACCCAUUCAGAAGAACUGAAACAUCUCUGUAAAUGCUAUUUCACCCCUGAAAAACUGCUUGGAAAAUACAUUAAUCUGUAUAUAAAUAUUUUGUUCGAUAUACAGCAGAGGAAUCCUUGUGAAAUUGUGACGACCGCUCAUGAAGCUUAUGUGGUCCGAGCUCUUGCGAUUGCUGCAGGGAAUACUCUGGGGAUUCCUGUGUUUAACAUGAAUAAAGGCCAGAACAGCCAGGAAUUAGUGACUAAUGAUUUUGAAAAUUUUGGGAUUGGAGCUCAUUUCCCGCUGCCAAUUGAAGCUCGUUAUAACUUUAAAAAGAUUAUUGAUAGAGCUUGCUUAAACAAGCAUUCUUUGAUCACAUUUACAAUUCUUGACAACAAUUUGAAUACGUCUUUUAUGCUUUUUUCAUUGAAUUUUCAUUAUAAUUCUACUAAAAAGAACAUUUUUCAAUAUAUUUUUGGAGGGUUAUUAAAGGGAUGCUGGAAAUUUUCAAUGAUAUUGCAAGUGCAAGCGCACUUAAAGCAGGACAGUGCUUAAAAUUCAUCCAAGAAGCGAUCCAAAAGAUGAAAAAAGACUUCCCAAACCUGAAAUUUUUGCUUGACGAGCAGCUUAUUCAGUGGGUUUUUGAACAAAUCAGGACUUACACCACAAUAAUUCUUAUUGUAGAGACUGAGCAGUAUUUGUUUACUAGAGCUCCUAAUGAACCUCAAGGCGUUCUAGAGAAACUUAAGUACUUUUACUUGCCUCUCUACAAAUCCUCAAGACUCGUGUGCUAUAAUACCUUGAAAGCUCCUUAUUCUAUAUUAGAAGCUCUUGUUAUUCAAGAAGACUUUUUAAACAAAUGGGCUUCAGAUCUAGAUAAUUCUAUAUUAUCAGGUUUUCUGGCUCGCUACCAAGCACUUACCAGUGAUAAAGAAGAAGCAGAGUAUACAGUUGAGCUAUUUACAUACUAUACCAAUAAAAUUCAUCAGAAAAAUUUAUAUUUUUCUAAAUUAAUUAAUUGGAAAUUAAAAUGUAUUUAAUAAAUAUUGUAAAUUUCUUAUUAUUUGCCAGAAUUAAUCCUAUAAAGACUAGAUACAAUCGAAAAGAAGCUGGAGUAUCUCCACAAAGCUAUCAAAAAAGCUGAGUUUUUAGACCAUGAAGUUGAGCACUCCCAUGAGAGAAUCACCAAAAUUGAAGAUGAGCUAUCCUUACAAAGCGCCAGGCUUCAAGAGCUGGAAAAAACAAAGCAUCAACUAAGCCUUGAUUUGCAGUUCGUCGAGAGCGUAGGGUUUUUGGCUGAUUUUUUUGUGGAGUAUGAAACAAAAAAAGAUGAGUUUUUGGAACAAUAUGAACAAGCUAAAGAAGACUUUGAAGGACUUGUAGAAAGUGUUGUCCCUGAAGAUUAUGAAGAACUGGAAACGCUUUCAGCGUUUCCUAUGCCGUUAAUGGUUUUGGGAAUGGGAUUAGCAAUGCUGACUUCUAGCAAAAUAAAUAGUUUUCUGCAUGAGAAGCUGGAAUCGGUAGCUAAGCCAAUAUUGAUAGGAUUUGGGAAAAAUUAUAGAGAAGCCCAAAAAAAGCUGAGGAGGAUAAAGCUAGAGACGAUUCCUGACUUGUCAGAAGUUUUAAACCACCCUGCAGUAAGAGAUUUUGGAGGAAAUAGGCUACAGAAAUCUUUUAAAGCCAUAUAUAGAAUUAUUGAUACAUGCCAAAGAUAUAAGACUCUAAGUGAGCAGUAUGAUAUUAAAGAAAAUGAAUGGGCCGAAGCUGAAAAAUUAUUGCCAAUAGAAAAAGAGAAUUUAAGAGCAAAAGAAAAAGCAAAAAUCAUUGAAAGCUUGAGCAAGCUAGAACCAGAAAGAGAAGCCUUGAAGAAUCAAAUUCAAAAGCUAACUUCCCUUGUGUAUCGAAAAGAAAUUGGAAAAAAUAAAUGAACCCAUAGAGCAGAUAAUUUUUUAUAUAAAAUAUUUUGAUAUAUAUAAUAAUUAUAUUAAUAUGCAAUUUUUGAAACAUGAUAUAAAGAUUUUAAACAAAAAUCCUCUGUUAAGAAAAAAAAUUAUUUAUCACUAACUAAGCAGCUAAGCAAACUGAUAGAAACAAUAAACAACCAAAAACCCAAAGCAGCCGUCCUCACCCGCGCUAUGAAGGCUCAUAGAAUGAAAUGGGUCCACGAAAUCAACGAGUGCCAAGGGCAAUCUGAGCAACUUUAUGGAAACUCCAUCAUUCUAGCAUUCAUGCUUCUUAAAGGCCUCCACUACCGCCACCCUCAGCGUGAUACUUUAAUCGACGAGCUUUGUCAAUUUUUAAUUUCAAAAGAAGUAAAAUUCCAUAAAUCUCAAAAAGCCUUGAUUCACCAGCUCACAUUUGACCCAUUUUUCUAUGAAAAAUGCAACCUUAUUUUGCCUGACUCUUUAUUUUUCAAACAAAGUGCAGCUGCAAUCAGUGCAGUUUUUGAGCUAGACCUUCCUUACCCCCUAAUUUAUGACACAAAUGGGGUUGCUGCUAGAUUUAUCCAGGAACGAGAAGCCAAAAACCUCGAAACCCUUAUGCUGGAAGCUGGUUUUGAGCAAAAACUCAGCAAAGCUAUGAUUGAAGGCAAAGCCAUUUUAGUUAUAAACCCUUCCCCUUCCAUUUACAAAGUUUUAACCCCAAUCAUCUCCUUACGAUCCCAAGUCUCCUUUGAAAACUUGCGUGGUAAUAAAUCCGAAACUGCCAAACAAAUAAAAAUUUCGACAAAAUUAUGCCCUUUUAACAUGGAUUUCCGACUAUAUAUUUGUACCAGAGAAGUGCCACAUACUUUUGUAAAAUCAAUGAUGACGUUUAUAUCAAUGGACUUAAUGGAGCCAAGCAGCUGGAAAUCUUAUGAAUACUCACGAAUUGUAGAGCUUGUCGACAAUAAAGACUACUUAGCGAAGCUAAAACAGUACGGAAAUGAAAUAAAUACAAAGGAAACUAGUAAAAAUGCUGAAGAAGAGCUAUUAAGAUAUAUCGCUGAUGAUAAUUUUACAGACAUUUUGGCUGAUGAGCAAUCUUUAGAAGCGAUAUAUAAAAAAUGGAAAAAGGCUUAUACGUUUGACACUGAAGGCUUUGAUAAGAAAAACAUGACAAAAAGUUUUGAUGUGAGGUCGCCCACAGCUAUAGAGGCUGCCUUUGAGUAGCGCUCUAAGCGCCCGAGACUUCCCGACGAAGUCUGGGCGGUGGUUUGACCAGCUGAUAUUGGUCGAACCAGCAUCCAAUUUGACAAACCUUCUGUAUAAGAAGAAUUUGUCAUUUUGGAUGUUGGUUUGACCAACAUCAGCUGGUCAAACCACCGCCCAGACUUCGUCGGGAAGUCUCGGGCGCUUAGAGCGCUACUCAAAGGCAGCCUCUAUAUAUAUGAUAAGAGGGUCAGAACUUUUGAACCGCCGAGUGAAAAUGAUGCACCGAUUAUACUGAUGGCAGAGCUGCAAGGGUUUUUAGACGAACUUUAUGGAAUUUUGAAGUCCAUUGAUAUACUAAAUGGAGAAUUUGGCUGUUAUUCUAUAUCUAGUCACAUUUUUUCUGUGUUAAUUGAUAUUAGUAUAGCGGAGUUUCAAAAAGAAGGAGAAUUGCCUGGGGUUGACCAGCUAGCUGCAAACUCUGGGUCUAUUGUGUAUAGAAUUGUAGUUAGGAUCUGCAAUAGUUUACCCACAAAUCUGAGGCAUAGGUUUUUGAUUUAUAUUAUGCUGAAUAAAUACUAUGAAACUCAUAAACCGGACUCAAAAGAAUUUCUGUCGAUUUUGCAAGAUAUUAAUAUAAAUAUUGUACAGGAGCCUAAAAGCCAUGAUAAUUAUCACAGGCUCUCAGAAAUGCUAGGAAAAUACCCCAAUUUAUUGCCUCCUGACCUUACAAUUGAUUCUUCACAGAUAAAGUUUUUCCUGUCAAAUCCUUUAUAUCGUGAUUCACGCCUUCCACAUACAGUUGUGAUGCCUCAUAAGCUGCUACUAUAUUCUGCAUUUCGGCCUGAAUUAAUUUCUCAGCUGAUCCCUGAGCUACUAUCAGAAACUUAUGGCUAUAGAUUCAUUUAUAUUCCUCCACCUGUUUUCAAGCUUGUUACAAGCACAGACGAGUCCACGCCAAAUGCUUACCCUAUAAUGAUUUCUUAUGAAGAAGAAAAUCCAAUUGAAAUGCUUAAAUAUGAAUGCGAAGAAAUGUCAAUUCCUUUUGAAGUCAUUGAGCCACUUAUGAUAGGCCAAAUAGGCAAAGACAAAAAAGACAUCGCUAUGAAAAGCAACGUCCGACCAAUUAUUCAAACCCUACACCAAAAUUCUGAAAUGAGGAAAUGGAUCAUAAUAGACAAUAUACAAAUUUUAAAUAAAAUCGAGGUAGAGCUGCUUUAUACAGUGAUAGACGAAGUCAUGAAAAACCCUGGAAUAUCUCCAAGCUUCAGGCUAUGGAUUCUUCAUGAGGGCUCUUUAGAGAACUCCCCACAUCUCUGGCUUCUGUUUAAAAACUCGUUAAAGCUUCAUUUCAGCGCUUUGAAAUCGAGCCAGGAAAAACUGAUCCAUUGGUAUAUGACAAGUGACCAAGAUUAUUAUAUACAUUUCCGUGAUAAGGUCAUUAAUAAGUACCAUUUCCAUAUUUCGUCAAACCCGACGGCGACACAAGCUUUAUUUAGCAGAGCUUCUAACUCUCUCAAUCCUAAAUUAAAUUGAUGCAUUGUCUAAAGUCUGCCGAGAAUUUAUAUAAUGUAUUGGUAAUAUUUUAUUUUGCUUAUUUAUGGUAAAUUGAUUUUAAAAUGUCAAAAAAAAUUUUGACAUGUCAUUACAUAUAAAACUGAGUCUAUGGUAUGUUAAAAUUUUUUUGACAUUUUAAAAUCAAUUUACCAUAAAUAAGCAAAAUGAAAUUUAUGCAAAGGAUUAUAUCGUUUAUUGCAAAUUUUUGAACACUGUCGUGGCUUGAUCAAAAGUGGGAACAUAGAUUGAAGGUGCCAAUUUGAAAAGAGACCUUUGUAAUUAAAAAUUAAAAUUAUCUAUCUUCUCACAGUUCCACUUCUUCUUAUUUUUGGGGGAGAUGAGCUGUUGCAGCUGUAGUCACAUGAGCAUUGAGCAUCCUUAUUUGUGCUAAUUGGGCUUGAGAUGAAUCUUUUUCAAUUCUGCUUUCAUUAUGAUCUCGCUGAAAUAAAGGGUUAUCAGGUUCAUAGUAGUACGUAAAUUGUCUUUAAAUACUCUUUUCCUAAGCACCUAAAGUAAUAGAUACUGAGUAAAUAAUAUUUUUGGAUUAUUCGCAAGUGCUAUUCUCACAAAUUGGUUCUUUUUGCCUUUGCAUCUUGCUGGAGGAAGCUGGACUUGGGAUCUUGUUGGUAGAGGUAUUGUGGACAUGUAUGCUUAUGCAAGAAAGCUAAUGGAUGUGAUUGAAUAAUCAGGCAAAUAAUACCUGAUAUGCUGUAAAAGCGCAUAUAGGUUUGCUUUAUCAUGAUUUCCGACAGCCUGAGGCAAAGGAAUCUAUAUGAUGUUUACUUCUUAGUAGUUCAUAUUUUAAUUAAUGGAAAAAUAUUUCAUGUGAUAAAAUUUUUGGUACGGCAAAAUGGCUGAAAUGUAAAUUCUGAUAAUUCUGAUGUAAUAACAAAAAUGGCAAAUGCAGAUUAUCCAAUAUACUAGGUAAUAAAAUAAACUUUGUUGUGAUAAAAGUUAGAUUUUGCGAUUUAAUUUAAUAUUUAAUAAAGAAGUUAAUAAUAAUAAAGUGACAUAGCAUAUACACAAUGCAUAUGCACUAUUAAAAUUUCAUUAGUUAAAAUCAAAAUUCAUUCCAUUUUUCUUUUAUUUCGCUUAUAUUUCGUUACAAAACUCCUCACCGGAACUCGCUCCAUGAGGGUUGACAUUUAUUUAAAACUCCAUUUUUUUAAUUUUAGAUAGUGAAGUUGAAAUUCAAAGUAGCAUAGCAUCUGCACGACGCAGAUGCGCUAUUAAAAUUUCCAUUAGUUGAAUCAAAAUCCAUUAGAUUUGCUUUAAUUUCCCUAUAUUUCAAAGUCAAACUCUUCACCGGAACUUGCUCCAUGAGGGGUGACAUUUUUAUAAUAAGCCAAUUUUUUUUAAUGCUUUUAUAAUGAAGUUAAGAAUAAAGUGAUAUAGCAUGUACACGAUCCAGAUGCACUAUUAAAAUUUCCAUUAGUUGAAUCAAAAUUCAUUAGAUUUACUUGAAUUUCCCCUAUAUUUUAAUGCAAAACUGCUCACUGGAACUCGCUCCAUGAGGGUAACAUUUUUAUAAUAAGCCAUUGUUUUUUAAUUUUUAAAUAAAUCAGCACUCACUAUUGGAGUCAUCAAUAUAAUCAUUUUAUUUUAUAUAUUUAUAAAAAUAUUAAUUAGAUUUUCUAGCGCAUCUGAUUUCUAGUUAAUAUUUAUAUAUUUACAUAUUUAAAAAAAUGGCUUAUUACAAAAAUGUCACCCCUCAUGGAGCGAGUUCCGGUGAGGAGUUUUGCAUUGAAAUAUAGUGCAAAUUAAAGCAAAUCGAAUGAAUUUUGAUUUAACUAAUGGAAUUUUUUAUAGUGCAUCUGCUUCGUGUACAUACUUUGUCAAUUUUGGUUUUUAACUUCUUUAUUUUUAAAAUUAAAAAAAAAUGGCUUGUUAAAAAAUGUUACCACUCAUGAAGCGAGUUCCGGUGAGGAGUUUUGCAGUGAGAUAUAGGGAAAUUUAAAGCAAAUUGAAUGAAUUUUUGAUUCAACUAAUGGAAAAUUUUAAUAGCGUAUUUGCAUCGUGUAUAUGCUAUGUCACUUUAUUAUUAACUUCUUUAUUUAAAAAUUAAAAAAAAUGGCGUAUUAGAAAAAUGUUACCCCUCAUGGAGCGAGCUCCGGUGAGGAGUUUUGCAAUGAAAUAUAGGGCAAAUUAAAGGACAUUGAAUGAAAUUUUCAUUCAACUAAUGGAAAUUUUAAUAGUACAUCUGCAUCACGUACCUGCUCAGGCACUUUAUUGUUAACAUCUUUAUUUAAAAAUUAAAAAAAAAUGGCUGAUUAGAAAAAUGUCACCCCUCAUGGAGCGAGUUCCGGUUAGGAGUUUUGUAUUGAAAUAUAGGACAAAACAAAGCAAAUUGAAUGAAUUUUGAUUCAACUAAUGGAAAUUUUUAUAUAGUGCAUCUGCAUCAUAUACAUGCUCAGGCACUUUAUUCUUAACAUCUUUAUUUAAAAAUUUUUAAAAAUGGCGUAUUAGAAAUGUCACCCCUCAUGGAGCGAGUUCCGGUGAGGAGUUUUGUAAUCAAAUAUAGGGCAAAUUAAAGGAAAUUGAAUGAAUUUUCAUUCAACUAAUGGAAAUUUUUAUAGUGCAUCUGCAUCUUGUGCUUGCUAUUGUACUUUAUUCUUAAUUUAAAAAUUUUUAAAAAAAUGGCGUAUUACAAAAAUGUUACCCCUCAUGGAGCGAGUUCCGGUGAGGAGUUUUGCAAUGAAAUAUAUAGCAAAUUAAAGUAAAUUGAAUGAAUUUUCAUUCAGCUAAUGGAAAUUUUUAUUGUGCAUCUGCACCAUGUGCAUGCUAUGUCACUUUGAGUUCAUUUUAUUAUAAAAACAGUAAAAAAAAAUGGCUGAUUAGAAAAAUGUUACCCCCUCAUGGAGCGAGCUCCGGUUAGGAGUUUUGCAUUGAAAUAUAGUGGAAUUUGAAGCAAAUCAAAUGCAUUUUUAUUUAACUAAUGGAAUUUUUUAAUAGCGUAUCUGCAUCGUGUAGAUGCUAUGCCACUUUAAGUUAUAAGUUCGUUAUUAAAAUUUAAAAUAAAUCUCAAUAUUUAACUUCUACCACAAUAAAGUUAAUUUUAUUUACUAGUGUCAGAAUUGCCAAUUUGAGUGUUACGUAUUAAGAUUUCUCCUACCUGCAGUGGUAAAAUUAAGUUUGUUUGGUUAGAGUAUAUUGGAUGAUCUGCAUUUGCCAUUUUUGUUAUUACAUCAGAAUUUACAUUUCAGCCAUUUUGCCGUACCAAAAAUUUUAUCAUAUGAAAUAUUUUUCCAUUAAUUAAAAUAUGAAUUAUCUAUUACUUUAGGUGCUUAGGAAAAGAUUAUUUAAAGACAAUUGCGUACUACUAUGAACCUGAUAACCCUUUAUUUCAGCGAGAUCAUAAUGAAAGCAGAAUUGAAAAAUUCAUCAAAACUGCUGCAGGAGCUCAAUGGCAUUAUGUCCACAUUGCAGAUCCGAACGAUUUGCACUUCACAGCGAACCAUCUGAACCAGCAAGAGCAUUUAAUCGCUAAUAGCUUAGAUAAUUUUAAUUUUUAAUUACAAAGGUCUCUUUUCAUAUUGGUACCUUCAAUCUAUGUACCCACUUUUGAUCAAACCACGACAGUGUUCAAAAAUUUGCAAUAAACGAUACUAUACUAUUGGGACUAGUACAUAAGGAAAAUUUUAGUAUAAAAAUUCUCAAGCUAUCCAAUUUUAUUCCAUAAACCUUCCAAUAAAAGAUUAAAUCAAAGAUAGGGGUAAGUAUAAAAAGUCAUCAACCAAAAUGCUGCCUUCGUCACUAUUAUUCUCUAAGCAAAUAAAAAAUGCACUAGCUAUAAUUUAUCCAGAAAUCCAGCAGGAGGGGUCUAAAGAAGCCAAAAAUGAGCAAGAAAUUCAAUCCCCAGAGCUGGUUCAUGAAAAAUUCAAAGAAGCCUUAACCUUCAACUUUGGCGUAGUUUAUUCCGCUUUGUCCCUUAGAGCUAAAUUUAUUAAUAAAUCCGAAAUUUUGCCAUCAAGAGACAUGCAUAUAAUAGUAGAAAAAGCCAUUAGCAUAAGCAUCAAGCAUAUGCAGACCACAGAUUUUAAAGACUUUGUCAGCUUUGUAAGCCUGAAUUUCGGGACUUUUUGGAAUUUAGAUGACAAUCCCUAUAAGGUUUACGCUUUAUUGAAUUUUUUAAAGCACACAAUUUCUACUGACUCCCCCCCCCCCCUCCGUGAGCGAACAAAACCAUUAGAAAAAUCGCCAUUUUUUGACCAAAAACCCACCCUCCGUGAGUGAACAAAAAUUUUUUUUAAUAGAAAAAAUUUUAAUGGAAAAAAAUUUUGAUAUAUAAGUGAUAAUUAGUAUAAUGAAAUCUAGAGCUAAUUCUGUUUAAUUUUAAACAAAUUGCGUUUUAAAAACAUAAAUUUUUGCAAAUUAAAUUAAUAUUUGCUUCCCAAUUUUUGCAAAUUAGGAUUUUUUUAAAUUUCGAAAAAAAUAUUUUUUAUAUAAAAUUUAUAUAUAAAUUGUUUUUAAAAAAAAAAAUUAACCCCCCUCCGUGAGCGAACAAAAUUUUUUUGUUCGCUCACGGAGGGGGGGGGGGAGUGAGAAGAAAAAUUUGGUGUUUUGACUGCCUAAUAAAAGCUCGCUGAGUUAUCCUCUUUACCAUAUGGAAAAAAUAGGACAUGAAGGGGCUAUUGAUGCACUCAUUGAUAGUACGCCUAGCCAGGAUCAUUUAAUGUUUGCAGGGCUGCCACAUGUGUGGUAUACAGACCAAGAAGCAAAUAAUGCAAAAAUGGUGCUACAGAUUAUAAAGCCAUUUUUACAUACCAUCACAGCACCUGUUUUUGGGCUUGAUGCAGCUGCAGUUCAGACUCAAAAAGCUGCAGAGGCUUAUAAAGAAGCUAUUAGGACGAUAGAAGAGCUGAUGGCUAUGAUUCCUGAAAUUCCUGAAAUCCCUCUGGAUAAUUCUGGGGAUUUUAUAUCUAUAAUUGAGGUCUAUGAGAAAAAAGAUUUCAAUCAUAUAUCCCAAAAUAUCUAAAAAAUACAAUAAUAUCUAUUUUUUUUAUAAAAAAUUUAUUAUUUUUGUUUAUUUAGGCUGAUUUUAUUGGUAUAAAUCAGUAUAACUACGAUCAUAAAAGAUAAUUUAGAAAAAAUUUAUUUUUACCUUAAUUACAAGACAGCUAAAAUUUCCAAGGCAAAUUGGCAGAUUCUGUCUGAUAUUAUAAAUCAAAAAAUCCCUGAAGAAUGGAGCAAAAAGGGACCUUAUUGUUCAAGAACCCAUGAGUCCUCAAAGGAUUUCUUAAGCCAUAUAUUUAACCGUGUAAAAGAACUGAAUUUUAAAGUCCCAAUUAUUGAUUUAAGAUCUUGCUAUAGUCCUUAUAGGCUUCUGUGGCUGUAUUUAAGGCAUGAAGCUAUGAAAAAUAAAUGGAAUCUGUAUGAAUGCUGCAUUUCUGCAUAUAUUUAUGAUGGAGCUCACGAUGGUCUAGUUGUUUCAGGAUUAUCAAUUCAUAAUGCGCUUCUGGAAGAUGGACUUAUAGUGAAUGCUGACAAUAAAGAGCUGAGAUUUACAUUGCCUCCUUUGCUGCUUAAGGUGAUGUGCUCUUAUGAGUCAAUGCCAAAAGGCCUUACUGUGUAUCUUGCUUCAAACAGCUCAAAUAUCCCUAAUACAACUGAAAUUUCUAGAGAAACAAGAAUUAAUUCCUUAGCUGAAGCACUCAGCAAGUCAAUUCCCUACUCCAAAACUAAAUCAAAGCCAACCCACCACCUCUGAAACCAGAUCUUCUGCCCCCUUUUCCACGAGAAACUUGACUGCUGAUUCAUGUUUGACUCAAUCCUUCCUCAAUCCCACUGGAGCAAGAGAGCGCUUUCGGUUGACAUAUAA